AUGUCUCUCUACAAGCAAUUGAACAAAUGCCUCAUCCCUUGUCACGAAGACUCAGAGUUCCUCCCACUAAGCGAAAUCAAUGCUAGAGUAACCGAAGCCAACAUCAAAGUGGAAAUCCCUGUCAGGAAGCGAUGCUUCUCGAAUCGCAGUCUGCCAAGAACGAUAUCAAACCAGGCCAGAAUCGUAUUUUCCAUCUUAGUUCUCAUUCAAGAAACGACCGCCAUUGUUGAUCUUGUUUGUCGGGAUAACAUCAGGGAUGAAGAUCUUCCUCUUACUAGACAAUCCGCCAAUGGAGAUGACGGAAAUGUCCUUAUAUCUCCCAAGACUGGCAAAACUUUCUCCUCAUUUUCGUUCUGGCCAAGGGAGGCGAGCGUGCGAGACUUUCUGAACUUUCAAUGGCUGGACAACCCUGAGCCCUAUGUUGCUGUCAAGGAGGUUGCCAACGAUGAGACUUUCGAGCAGGAAAAGGCAAACCUGGAGCUUACACAAUCCCUCAAGCAUGAACACCUUAUCAAAUUAAUCGCUACCUGUCAGAAGGGGCCCGUUUGCUACUUCAUAUUUCCUUGGGCCGACGGUGGAGAUCUGAGAGACUUUUGGAAAGCCAAUGACAGCAAAGAGCGCACCCAAGAACUCGUCUUGUGGUCUCUUCGCCAGAUGCUCGGCAUAGUCAGUGCAAUCCACGCCCUGCAUGGAAAAAAUACCCGACACGGAGAUAUCAAGCCACAAAACAUCCUUCAUUUUCUCAAAGCGCACGAUGGUGCUACCAUGGACAGUAGAGGAAGGCUGAUCCUUGCAGAUGUUGGAGUCUCCAAGAUCCACCGAGAGAUUACCAGCAUGAGGCAAGACCCCACGAACUGCCAGCAGUCCACAGUCACAUACGAAGCACCCGAAGCACAGCUAGAUCAACGCGAAGGCAAGGCAAAGGCAAGGAGUCGGCGGUAUGAUAUGUGGUCUCUAGGCUGUAUGUUCUUGGAAUUCACUGUCUGGCUCGUCUUUGACUACAGCACCAUCAGAAGCUUUAGAAAGUCGAGGCGUACCCGAGAUGAUCCCAAGGACGCGUUUGGAAGCUUCUUCGUUCAGACUCCAGACAAUGUGAUACAGAUCCACUCGGCAGUCAUUGAAGCUAUUGGUCACCUCCGGAGUCAGCCAUUUUGCGGCGAUAAUACUGCUUUGGCAGAUCUCAUCCUGCUUAUUGAAGAUGACCUAUUGCAAGUUGACGCUGAGAAACGGAUGGAAGCUCCGAAACUCUUGGAAAAGCUUGAAACAAUCACUCGUAAAGCCGAACAGAGCUCCGAUUACUUGUACCCAAUAUGA